AUGAACGAUUCGUACGCAUUUCAGCGCUGGAAAUUGAGCAAAUUACUUAAAGAAAUUCCAGGACCGUACUUCGUUAUUGGGGACAACGCCGAUGUCGGUCGACCCAGUCAGCCCCUGAACCCGUUUUGCGGUCAAUUGUACGGGAGGUUCGCGCAUGGAACCACGGAGGGACGCUUGACUACGACAGGUCUGAAGUUGAGCUCGACAAUGGGAGAUUCGUCGAUUUAA